AAAUGUUAUCGGCAAAAUACACAAGAUGUAAUUGCUGUUUACUAUUACUGCUAUUUACUAUUCAAAGUAUUAUUACAAACAGUCGUUUGUAUAUUUAACAGUUCUACACACCUGCAGAACGUACUAUUUAAACGGCCGAACAUAAACGGCAGUUGAGACUUGUUCACUUUUACCCGUUACUUUUCUUUCGAUCGCAACUUGUAGAACUCGUAAGUUAUUACCUUCCGACUCUUUUUAUAUUUUAUAAUGGGUUUUACUAUUUUGGAUACAAUGCAACAUAUUAUCUAUAAUUCCAUAAUAUUUGGAUUGCUGUUUGUUACCUUUGUGCAUAGUGGGAAUUUGCCUGAUAAAUAUGAAAAUAGCAAGGAAUUGACUAUUAAACCAAUAGUAGGACGAUUUGAACAUAGUGAAGGACCUCAUUGGGAUGAUCGUACUCAGAAGUUAUAUUUUGUUGACAUAGAGGCACAAAAAAUAUGUAGGUUCUGUCCUGUUACAGAGCAGCUUACCUGUAUUAACAUAGAGAGAGGCCCGGUUGGAUUUGCUAUUCCUGUUCAAGGGGAACCUGAUAAACUUGUAGCUGGAGUAGCAACAGGUUUUGUUUUAAUAAACUGGGAUGGUCAGACAAAUAUCACAAAAUCUCCUCCUGAAACAUUAGCUACUGUUGACACAGAUCGUAAUGGCACCAGAUGGAAUGAUGGAAAAGCAGAUUCUUCUGGAAGAUUCUGGGGAGGUACCAUAGGACCAGAAGUAAAUGAUGUUGUUAUACCAAAUCAAGCAUCAUUUUAUCGAAUUGAUUCUACUCUCAAACCAAAGAGAGAAUUAAUUGUUACUAAUAGUAAUGGAUUAGCUUGGAAUCUCCAGGAUAAUACACUUUAUUACAUUGAUACACCUACUCGUCAGGUGGCAGCAUUUGAUUUUGACUCUAUCAAUGGAAUCAUAUCUAAUAAGAGAAUUGCAUUUGACUUUAAAAAAUAUAAUAUUUCUGGCAUUCCUGAUGGUAUGACUAUCGAUACAGAUGGACAUCUCUGGAUAGCUGUAUACAAUGGUGGUUGUGUGCUUAAUGUGGAUCCUGAAACUGGUAAUCUUUUGCGAACUGUGAAUCUCCCUGCUGUAAAAGUAACUAGUGUUGCAUUUGGAGGUCCUAAAAGAGAAAUUUUAUAUGUGACAACAUCCGCACGUGGCAUUUCAGAGGAGGAUCUAAAGAAACAACCUUAUGCUGGUUAUGUUUAUGCUGUACAUGGUUUAGGGGUUCAUGGUCUUAUUGCAAAUUCGUUUAAACUUUGAAUAUUAAUUCAAUUUUUGUGCUUUUUUUGUCUAUGAUAUUAUUACUUCAAUACUUUAGAUAUAAAACACAAUGAUGCAAUAAACGCAAUAUAUCAACAAUUUGCAUUUGUUUCUAAGACAUUAUUUGUUAAUAAAGCAUUAAUAAAAUUAUAAAUCUAUAUUAAAUACGCAUCCGAUAUUAUUAUACAGCUUAAUAAUUCAUGU